CUGCGUCUGCGCGGCUCUGACGUCAUCAAACCGCGCCGGGAAAGCGGCGUCGGUGCGGCCUAGCUCGAAUCGCGGCCUACCUCCGUUCUAUCGCGGCCUACCUCCGUUCUAUCGCGGCCUACCUCCGUUCUAUCGCGACAUGGCGAGCGAGCUGGAUAUCUUCGUGGGCAACACGACGCUGAUCGACGAGGAGGUUUAUCAGCUCUGGUUGGACGGUUACUCGGUGGCCGAGGCGGUGUCACUGCGCCUGCAGGGCGGGGUCCUGGAGCGCUCCGGUACGUCUGUGUCCGUUCUCCAAAGCGACACCCGGGAUCAUUUCCGAACGUUCCAGAUGUUGGAGCGGCUCCUUCACGCCCCGACGCGGCUCCUCCAACAGCUGCUGUUCCAGAUCCCACCCCCCAGACUGGCCGUGUUGGUACAGAG